GCAGUGCGUAGUGGAUGUGUCGGGAAGAUGGCGGCGGCCGGGUCCCCGGGGCGGCCAGAGCUCGGUUUGGUAACGCUGUUACUGUUGACCGCGUGGGCUUCAGUACUGGCCGUACAGGCCCAGAGGAGUCCAGUCAAAGUCAUCACCGAUCACAACUGGAGGGAGAUCCUGGAAGGAGAAUGGAUGGUGGAGUUCUAUGCCCCCUGGUGUCCUGCCUGCCAGCAGCUACAGUCUGAAUGGAAUGAGUUUGCAGAGUGGAGUGAUGAUCUGGGUGUUAACGUAGCCAAAGUGGAUGUAACUGAACAGCCAGGUUUGAGUGGCCGUUUCAUUAUUACUGCUCUUCCUACAAUAUACCACUGUAAGAAUGGAGAGUUUAGAAAAUAUCAAGGCCCUAGAAUGAAGAACGACUUUAUUGACUUUAUAGAUGGAAAGAAAUGGGAAUCCAUCGAACCAAUGUACUCUUGGUUACAACCUUCCUCAUUUUUGAUGACUGGCAUGUCAGCAUUAUUUCAGCUGUCUAUGUGGAUUCGUCAUUGUCACAAUUACUUCACGGAAGUUAUCGGCAUACCAGUUUGGGGAUCAUAUAGCAUUUUUGCUUUAAUAACGCUUAUUUCUGGUCUUGCACUUGGAUUGGUUCUGGUCUUCGUGGCAGACUGUGUGUUGCCAUCACGACGAUAUAGGCAACAACCACAUUGUUCCCAAAAAGGAAAAAUGCCACCAACCAAGCUAGUGAAGCCAAAGGAUUGGCAGUUUCAGGAAGAGGAUGAUGAAACUGAAGAUGAUCUUUGCUCACAAGCAGACGAAAGCAGUAGUAAAACAUUUGAGAAGGCUGUGCUGAAUGAUUGUGGAGAUUACUUGAAGCAGAAUAUCAGAAAACGUACUAAAGAGCACACUGAAAGAGCUGAAGACUCCUGAUUUUAACAACAGACUAAAAUGUAAGGUGACUGAAGCUGUAAUGCUUUUGUAAGGCAUUGACGACAUUUGUUUAAGCAGUGGAUUUAUGAGCCAAGGCAACUGUACAUUAAAAACUUGAGAUCAGCUGAGAUGGGUAAUAAUAUUGUACUAAGAUUGCUUUUACCGCUGCAGGCUUAACCACAAAAUUGAGAAGCUUAAGUUGUGAAAACAAAUUUUGCAUGCUAUUUUGAGUCUUCCACACUUUCUUGGUUAUACAGCCAAUUUGGUACUGAGUCCUUUGUACAUUGUUGGGGAAGGCUUGAAGUGGAGCAAUUAUAACAGUACUAUUAUGGUAGUAUCCUUGAUGUAAAUCUAAAAAUGCAUAUCUCCCAAACUGCUUGCUAAAUGGUUUUGUUUUCCAAAAUGGCAGUUUAAAAUGUGACCUAUUAACUAAUUAUACUUGCUCAUUUAGCAACUGGUUUCUGCCUUAUUACUGAAAGUAGUUAUACUAUAUGUUCCAGAACAAUGCUAUGUUUUUUCUCUGUUAAUUUUGCUUUCUUUUAUUUCAAACGAUAAGCUGAUUUUUAAAAAAAAACUCAAAAACAGCUAUUGAUAACAUUUUUGGAAUUUCUGCUUAUUAACCAAUAAUUGGCUUUAAAAAAUCCUAUAAUCUUGUAUUUCAGUUGGGUCUAAACCUUUUAUCUGUCACUGCCUCACAUUUAUUUAAAUUUGCUAUCCUAGGUUCAAAGUUUCUGUUCGUCAGUCGUUAAUUGUAUUGAAAUUUCUUUCUCUCGAACCUUUUAUUAAUUAAGUCUUUGUCAUAAUAUAAACACUUGGUAAACAAACCAGCCUAUUUAUCAAUGUAUGUUCAACUCGAGAAGCAAAUUGGACAUGAAAAGAUAAGUUGGUUCAUCAUACCUGAUUAUAAACAGGUGACUAUUUUUUAGAAAUUAUGUCAAAAUAAUCAUUGGUGGCCUAAAUUUCACUGAAUUCUUGAAGUGUUGGUUGUAAGGGACAGGAGUUUUAAUUUUUUUUUAAAAAUGAGUAAUAGCCCUUAUGUUUCAAUGAGCAAAUAGCCAAAGUUGCACUGCAGUGAGCUCUUUAAAUCAAGAAGGACCCUGGUCUGUGGUGAGUGACCUGACCUGUAUGGGAUUUGAAGUUUUGGUUUGAUUAAGCACCAAAAUAAGCUUCAGUGUUCCUUAGUUAGGGAGGAUAAAAAUUAGCCCAGCUUUCUCUCAUGACUGCUACCAGUGAUUCCAAAAUAUCUAGACUAAUGUGGACUUUUAUCCUAAUGGCCUAUGCUAUCAAGUAACCCCAUGAUACUCAGGGUUCAACCUCAGAUGUGGAAAUUGGCCACAAAUAAAAAUUUUAGUAGAAUGCUGAGGCCAGUAGAAAUAUAUUGAGCAUGUUACUGAGAGUCAUAAUGAACGAACCUUUUGAUUAGGUAAAAAGUGCUGCAUUUUAAUCUACUAUUUAAUAAGAGAUGGGAUGCACAAAAGACCAAAAGUUUCAGGUAUUUGUACUCCCAUUGCCUGUUUAUAAAUAGUACCUUCUCGUGUGGGAACUCAUCGUUUUUUUUUAAAAUUACUGUAGUUUGAAGAGGGCUUGUGGUUUCAAUUAGGAACCUGAGGUUCGCUAUCAAAAGCACCAACUAGUUUACAGUGUUUUAUUUGUGUACAGAAAUAUUUUCAAUGGGCAUAGAAUUUGCUCUUAAAAUGUUCUUUUUCUGUAAAAUUGGUGAAAAAUAUGCCUUUUUGUACUUUUGGUUUAGAGUUAAAACUCUUUAACAGUGCCAUUAAAAUCUGGUACAUUAGUGCUGUAGUUUUGAAUGCCAGAAAGUAAAUUCUGUUGCUAAAAUUACACACUCAGUAUGCAGACAAUAAACAUCUGUAUGAAUGUGAUACAUACACUGGAUUCACUGUAAGUUUUGUUUGCUGUGGUAUGACUUUCUUUAACCAUGUCAGAUGUAUUUAGCUGUCAGAGGUGUGUGUGAUACUUUUGAAUUAAUUAUUAGACGUAGUGGAAUAACAGACUAAUUCCAAAAUUCAUUUAUUAUUUACAACUUUGAGAGUAUAUCUGAACGCAAGUUCCAGACUCUCAAGCAGAUUUUUCUUUUUGUUGGGGAGCUUAUGUUUGAAAAGGGAGGGAGAAUAAAAUUGAAAAAAACAUUUGUAAAUAGCCUUGUUCUGACAAUAUUGUUGUACGUUUAUAGCAAGUGCCUGACAACCAUUUGGUUAUGUUAGGCUGACAUAUCUUGUAAGGUUUUUUUUUUCUUAAUUUGUAUAAAGCUGUUUCUUCCAAUGAUAUUUGUUUGGUUUUCCUUUUUCCUUUAAAUUCUCAAAAGUUUAUAAAAACAAAAUCAAAAAGUGUUAAAUGAUUUUACAUUUAGUAACCACAAGUGAGUUGCAGUUAAUAUUCAGCUGAAAACUUCUGCUAGUUCAAAGUGGAUUAUUUGCAGUCUAAUUGUUUGGAUUGUACUCUGGAUAUGAGGAAUGGAUGACUCAAUACCAAAUAGUAUGUUUAAAUAACAAUUUUAUUAAAUAGUUAUUGAAAGUUAUAAACAUUUAAAAUAAAUGAGAAGAAAACUG